GCGCACCCCUAGGCUGGGCAGUGCGGUCUGUAGUGCCUCUUCUCCCAGGGGUUGCUGAGCCCCGCGGGAAACCUUCGGGUGCGACCUGCCGCUCGCUCCGCCAGAGCUGCCUUUGAAUUCCAAAGGCCCGGCCCCCCGCAACUAAGAACCCGCGGCCGUCUGGUCUUCCGCCUCCAGGGGGCGGUCGUGCGCUCGGCGCCCUCGUUUCAUGGUUGAGGACCCAAGGGUUCUGACUCCGCCCCUGCGCUGCAGUGGGCCUCGUUUACCCCCACGGCUUAGUGGGGACCUGGGAACGUUCUAACAUCGCCCGCUUUCCCUCCCCCUUAAGCCCGCCGACCAUGCCCGCGGGCGUGUCCUGGACGUCCUACCUGAAAAUGUUCGCCGCCAGCCUCCUGGCCAUGUGCGCCGGCGCGGAGGUGGUGCACCGGUACUACCGGCCGGACCUGACAAUACCUGAAAUUCCACCAAAGCCUGGAGAACUCAAAACAGAGCUUUUGGGACUGAAGGAGAGACAACAUGAACCUCAAAAUUCAUCUCUGCCAAGAACUCUGUGAAUAAUAUUAUGAGAAUUAAAUAUGUAUUUUUAGAAUUUA